ACGUGUUCACAUCCUUACCUACUCUGGUGUCAGAUUAACAGAUACUACUUUGUCUCUAAAGCAACAGCAUCGCUCUACUGUUGAAGCAGUGAAAACUAUUCUGCCAUGUCCAUCGACCCGGCCGCCGAGCUGCCGUUCUACUACGGCAGCAUCAGCCGCUCGGAGGCCGAGCAGCACCUGAAGCUGGCCGGCAUGGCCGACGGCAUCUUCUUGCUGAGGCAGUGUCUCCGCAGCCUGGGGGGCUACGUGCUCUCCGUGGUGUGGGGCGUGGAGUUUCACCAUUACCCCGUGGAGAAGCAGCUCAACGGGACGUACUGCCUGGCGGGAGGGAAGCCCCACUGUGGGCCCGCCGAGCUCUGUGAGUUCUACAGCAGAGACCCCGACGGGCUGGUGUGCACCCUGAGGAAGCCCUGCCUGCGCUCCCCGGACACCGGGAUACGGCCCGGCGUGUUCGACAGCGUGAGGGAAAACAUGCUGAGGGAGUACGUGAAGCAGACCUGGAACCUGGAGGGAGAAGCCAUGGAGCAGGCCAUCAUCAGCCAAGCUCCUCAGCUGGAGAAACUGAUCGCCACCACGGCCCACGAGAAGAUGCCCUGGUACCACGGCAAAGUCACCCGGCAGGAAGGGGAGAGGCGGCUUUACUCUGGAGCACAACCAGACGGAAAGUUUCUGAUCAGAGACAGAGAGGAGUCGGGCAGCUUUGCUCUCUCCAUGAUGUACGGGAAAACGGUGUACCAUUACCAGAUCCUCCAGGACAAGUCAGGGAAGUACUCCAUGCCAGAGGGAACCAAGUUUGACACAGUGUGGCAGCUGGUGGAGUACCUGAAGAUGAAAGCUGACGGCCUGGUGACUAUUCUUGGGGAGGCCUGUGUCACCGGAAAAACACCCACCCUACCUAUGACAAGGCGGGCCGGACAAAAUGGAUACACACCGCCCCCCCAAGCUGUUGCAGCAAACUCAAAGUUGGUCACCACUGCGCCGGCUAACCGUGAGCUUCUGCCGAUGGACUGCAGUGGAUUCAACCCGUACCACAACCCCAAUGAAGUGAGGAGGUUCAACAUCCAGAGGAGCCAGCUGCUCAUCGAUGAAGUGGAGCUCGGCUCGGGGAACUUUGGCUGCGUCAAGAAGGGAGUCCUCAAGACCGAGUCGGGCCAGAUUGAUGUGGCCAUCAAAGUCCUGAAGAGUGAAAACGAGAAGCUGGUGAGGGAGGAGAUGAUGAGAGAGGCGGAGAUCAUGUACCAGCUGGACAACCCCUUCAUCGUUCGCAUGCUGGGUCUGUGCAAUGCUGAGAAUCUGAUGCUGGUCAUGGAGAUGGCCUCCGCCGGACCCCUAAACAAGUUCCUCUCCUCCAACAAGGAUACUGUAACCGUGGAGACCAUUGUGAGCCUGAUGCACCAGGUGUCGAUGGGAAUGAAGUAUCUGGAGGAGAAGAACUUUGUGCACAGAGACCUGGCGGCUCGUAACGUCCUGCUGGUCAAGCAGCAGUUUGCCAAAAUCAGUGACUUUGGGCUGUCUAAGGCCCUCGGAGCAGAUGACAACUAUUACAAGGCUCGUACUGCAGGUAAAUGGCCUCUGAAGUGGUAUGCUCCAGAAUGCAUCAAUUUCCACAAGUUCUCCAGUAAAAGUGAUGUGUGGAGUUUCGGUGUAACCAUGUGGGAGGCCUUUACCUACGGAGGGAAACCUUACAAGAAAAUGAAAGGACCUGAGGUGAUGCGCUUCAUUGACAGUGGGAACCGCAUGGAGUGUCCAACAGCAUGUCCAGAGCGGAUGUACACAGUGAUGAAGGAAUGCUGGAUAUACAAGCACGAGGAGCGUCCUGACUUCAAGAAGGUUGAGGAGUCCAUGAGGUCUUACCAUUACUCCAUAUCGAACAAGGCCAAGCCGGAGGGAGCUGCAGCCACCGCCGAGCUGAUCAAGUAGAGAGAAACAAAGGCCAAUCUGUCCCAGUGCUCGACAAAGCAUCCUUUCAACUGGGCCCUGAACAAGCAAAACAAAGAGCUUCCUAUCAGCGGCACACACUGACAGGCUUUGACUACAGUUCUCAUUCAGCUAAACAGGCCUCAGAGACAAUAAAGGUGCAUUUGUAAAGUUAAGUGUGUGCGCCAUGGGAGGAGGAUUUCAAUGUGUGUGUGUGUGUGUGUCUGUCAUGGUUUGAAUGUUAAGAGUCAACCUCCCUAUAAUGGGAGCAUGUGCUUCAUGUUUUUUAUUCCUCUCGAUUCAUGUUUUUUUAUGACAAACCAAAUGUAAGUAGAUAUAAACCGAUAGAACUUAUUAUUAAUAUUAUAAUAUUCUUUUAACAUCCCUUGAAAAGCCAGUGAUCAAUUGUGAUAAUUUGGUUUAUUUCAACACAAAGAGGAAGUUUAUAUUUGUUUGACCAGGUAAUAAAGGCAUUUUUCUUAUUUUCAUGCAUUAUGCAGAAAAGCAACAAACUAUUUAUAACAAUUUAACAAUAUAAUAAUUUGUUUUCAAAAGACCCUGAAAUGAAUGAAUAAAAUCAGUAUGUAUAUUAAGCAUGUAUCAAAAGAAUAUAAACAGUAAACCUUCUGCAUUGUAAAAGCACAAGGGAGAUUUUAUGUACAAUAUUCCGCCAAAAUAAAAAGCACAAAUGAUAAAGGUUUACUACAUUUCAAGAAGAAAUAUACACAUUAAGGAGUAAGUGUAGGAGAAGGUCUAUCUAAUCAGUAAAAUAUAAACGGGUUUUUGUGGUUAUAUUAUUGUUGCAUGUUUUGAAUGUCUUUAAUUAAGGUGGUUUAAUUUCAAGUCAACGCCAGUCUCCCG